UCGUCUCUCAGCUAUUCCAUGCUAUCUCAACGCCGUUCAUCUUCAAUCUCCUCCGUCCAUUUCAAACGACUGUUAGCUUUCCCGCUUUUCCGUCCAUUUUCCACUAAAACAAUCACAAAUGGCUCAAAAGAAGCCGACCCAUCUCAUCAAUCAGUCACAACUCGUCCUCUGAGUCGUCUUAGAGCCUUAAUUCCCGUUCACGAGUCGGCCCACUUCCAUAACUCUCACUUGGCUCAUUCCCUUUGCUCCAAAGCCCUCAAAAUCUCGGCGAAAAUGGGUUUUCUCUCUGAAGGAAAACAAUUACAUGGGCACUUGUUAAAGUUCGGAUUGUACAUUGAUAUGUUUUUGCAGAACCAGAUUUUGAAUUUUUACGUUAGAUGCAAGGAACUUAGUGAUGGACAUAAGGUGCUCGGCGAAAUGACUGUUAGAAAUGUGGUAGCGUGGAAUGCAGUAAUAUGUGGAGUUGUGGAUGACAGAAGUUACUUCAAGUCCAGUUUCUCUCUCGGUUUUUCGUAUUUUAAGAGAAUGUUGCGAGAGACGGUGCAUCCAGAUGAGAUAACGUUGAAUGUUUUGCUCCGCGCGUGCAUUGCGUUGAACGAUGUGGAGGUUGCUUUACAAUUGCACUGUUUUGUUUUGAAGUUGGGCUUUGCUUCCAACUGUUUUGUUUCUGCGGCUGUCGUUGAGCUGUAUGAAAAAUGUGGUUUAGUUGAAGACGCAAGGUGUGCUUUUGACAUUGUUGUGUACAGAGAUUUGGUUCUGUGGAAUGUGAUGGUGUAUUGCUAUGCUUCAAAUUGUUUGGUCUGGGAAGCUAUUCGGGUAUUUGAAUUCAUGCGAUUGGAAGGCGUUGAGGGGGAUGACUUCACAUUUUGUAGCCUGCUAAGUUUGUGUGGUAGUUCGGGAUCAUAUGAACUUGGAAAGCAGAUUCAUGGCAUCAUUAUUAAACAUUCAUUUGAUAUAGAUGUUAUAGUUGCAAGUUCACUCAUUGACAUGUAUUCAAAGAACGAAAACAUAGGCGCUGCUCACAAGGUUUUCGAUAUGAUGUCCAUUAAGAACGUUGUAUCUUGGAACACCAUAAUUGUGGGGUAUGGACAACACGGAGAAGGCAAAGGGGCUAUCAAACUGUUUGGAAAAAUGCUCCGAUGUGGUUUCUCUCCAGAUAAUUUGACUAUGGCUAGCGUUGUGAGCUCAUGUGGCAAGGUAGGGUUAAGUAGUGCACUUAUGCAAGUUCAUGCAUGUGCAAUCAAAUUUGGGUUUAAGUCGUUUCUUUCAACUGUUAAUGCACUGAUAAAUGCAUACUCCAAGUGUGGCAGCAUUGUUAGUGCUUUUCAGUGUUUUAGUUUGGUAACUGAGCCUGACCUGUUUACAUGGACUUCAAUUAUCUGUGCCUAUGCAUUCCAUGGCCUUGCUGAAGGGGCUAUAGAGUAUUUCGAGAAAAUGUUAACUUGUGGCAUAAAGCCUGAUAGAAUCACCUUUCUUGGUGUCCUUUCUGCCUGUAGCCAUAGAGGGCUAAUAGAUAAAGGUCUUCGGUACUUUGAGAUGAUGACUAAGAAUUAUCAAAUUUUACCAGAGCCAGAACAUUACACCUCUCUCAUUGACCUUGUCGGACGAGCUGGUCUUCUCGAGGAGGCUUUCACUAUUUUGAGUGCAAUUCCAACUGAAGCUGGGCCAAACACAUUCGGAGCCUUCCUUGGGGCAUGUAAAAGGCAUGGGGAUUUGCGAUUAACAGAAUGGGCUGCAGAAAAGCUUUUUACAUUAGAACCUAGUGUUGCCGUGAAUUAUACUAUCAUGUCUAACGCAUAUUCACAUGAAGGUCGUUGGCUUGAUGUGGCAAGAAUCCGUAAAAUGAUGCGGAGCAACUGUAGUCUUAAAUCUCCAGGUUGUAGCUGGGUGGAGAUUUGUGGUGAUGUUCAUACAUUUGUGUCGAGUGAUCAGUCUCACCCAAAAGCUGUAGAGGUGUAUGAUAUGCUAGGAUUGUUAUUUCGUGAUGGUUUUGGAAAAUUCACAAAUUCUUGUGGAAGAAUAUACCCUUUAACUUCUCUGCUUGAACUGGAGUUCUUCUCGGUUUUCUAAGUUCUAAUUGAUAAAUCUCUCCUAAGUUGAAGAUUGACGUAGUUCUCAUAUUGGCUUUGUCACUAUUGUAAGUUAAAUACAAGCCUUUAGGAGACAUGGAAUUGGAUAAGGACUGAAACAAAAACCAUCCUACUUCAAACACAUACAUGAUAAAGCCUGUG